AUGGCGGAGGAGCUCGAACUCCCCGACGCGCUUCCGAGAGUGGUCGGCCUCCUCGCGGCGUACCUCGAGAAGGCGACAGAGGAGAACAACAAGCGCCGCCCCGUUAAAAGGCUGCGGCAGCAGGGGUCGGCGUUCGACAUGAUUGUGAGGCCGGUUCGCGCCGCUCGCGGCUUACUCGACCGCCUCCCCGACCUUCUUCCCGACUGCAGCCCCCGGUGCUACGUCCUCGCGUUCGCCUACCUCGACCGCCUCCUCUGGAGGCGCCGCCACUCCAUCACUCUCGACUCCUUCAACGUCCGCCGCCUCCUCCUCACCGCCCUCCUCCUAGCCACCAAGUUCGAGCACAGAUCCCUCUACGACAAUUCCAAAUUUGCGAGCAUUGCACAUGUCAAAUUGAUGGUCAUGAACAAGUUAGAGUGGGAGUUUUUCAAAGACGUCGACUACCAACUUGGGGUAAAGGACGGCGACUUCGACAGCUACUGCAAGAUUCUGCUUCAUCAGGACGCCGAGGCGUCGAACUCGGAGAUUGCACGACCAAUACCCCCCGCAUCUACACUGUCGACAUUGUCGCUGCCUUGCUCCUUGUACGCGGCGGAAGCUGCUUGCGACGGCUCCAAGUAG